AUGUCGUUACCAUUAAAGCCAUUUACAAUUGACUCGCAUAGUAAGCAUCUGGAUUCAAAGCAAAAGAAAUUUCAGACAAGUAUUCAAAGAGCUCUCGAAAGAUUUGAUUCAGUAACAGAAUGGGCUGAUUAUAUAGCCAGUUUAGGUACAUUAUUAAAGGCAUUACAAAGCUGGACACCCAAAUUCCAAAAUGUGAAAUAUUACGUUCCCGAACCUUACCAGGUCAGCCGAAGACUCACCUCAUCGUUGUCCCCUAGUCUACCUGCAGGUGUUCAUCAAAAGACAUUAGAGGUUUAUACAUUUAUCUUCGAAAAUAUUGGACGAGAAACAUUAUCGGCAGAGAGUAAUAUCUGGGUCCCAGGGAUUUUACCCUUGAUGUCAUAUGCUUCCAUGACAGUAAAAUCUCAUCUAAUUGAGUUGUAUGAGAAAUAUUUAGUUGUUCUACCUUCAGAUACAUUAAAACUAUUGAUUAGACCAUUGUUAGCAAGUUUGUUUCCAGGUAUUGACGACGAAAGUAACGAAUUCUUACCUUUAACGAUGAGAUUAAUUGAAACAUUGAAAAAUAAUUUAAAAGAUGAUUCAUUAUUUUGGCAAACAACAUUCUUAGUAAUUACAACAAGCAAAGAUCGAAGAUUAGGGGGACUUGUAUGGUUAACUAAAAAGUUUCCAUCAUUAAAUGAGGUGCCCCAUUUGGUUGCAGAAAGAAACAAGAGUGAAAUUGCAGACACUUCUGAUAAGAAAAAUAAAAAAGAAACUGUUUUAUCCACACUUCUACCAGAAGCGAAGAGUUUGGUCUCUCCUGAACCAGGAAUGUUGAUUCGUUGUAUGGUUCGUUGCUUAGAUGACGAAAAUGACUUAUUGAUUAAAAGAGGAUUAUUGGACUUACUUGUCCAGCGGUUAAGAAUUGACUCACCGGUCCUAGUAACAUUGGCAAACUUUAAUGACACUAAGCUACUGGUACUGAGUUGCUGUAAGACGGCUUUGAAUAAAGAUAUGUCAUUGAAUCGAAGAAUUUGGAAUUGGCUUCUUGGACCUGCUACCGGCACCUCUGCAAAUAAUUUAACAAAGGAGGAAUCUCAAAAGAUCAGUUCAGAUGAUCUUGGACAAAAUAAUGAAUAUUUUUCCAAAUAUGGGUUUAAGCCUCUUAUAGAGGGUCUGAAUGAUAUGCUUGAAAGAGAGGAAACGUUGGUAGUUGCCUUCAAAAUAUGCUUAGCCGUAAUGGACAGAUGGGAAAUAGGUUCAUUAAUUAUACCAGAAAUGUUUAUUAAGCUUCUCAUUGCGGCAAAAAAGUUUUCUGAAAACCAAAAUGUGAUCAAGGCUGCCAGUAGUUUCUUCGAUGCCGUGGAAACAAAUAUUAUAUGGGGCAAAAUGUUUGAAUGGUUGAUGGUUUCACACGAUUUAGAUUUCUUGCAGUUUGUUAUAUCUACCUUUAAUGUAAGCAAUGAUGAAGAAAUAAUUGUCCGCCAUCUACCGCUGAUGUUGUUGGCAGUUUUAUCCUUCCCAACCUCUGAAACAAACAGUAAGGAUUCGUCAUUUUUGAGGUACGAUUUGUGUAAAAAAUUGUUAGAUCACAUUCCUGAACGUGCAUUCUUACCAUUAAACCACUCAAGCUUGAACGAUGAUGAAUACGCUGAAACUGAUAAGAUAUUGGAUAAAAUAUUGAACUACUAUAAAUGUGUAGCUGACCCUCUGAAAGUGCCCAUCCCUGAAAAUCCAGAUAUGUCGCUAUUCCCCUUCAGUUCAGAAGAUUUAACAUUUCUGAUUUUUCGCCGAAUGGAAGAUUUACUUAUCGAUGAUCUUGUCACCUAUGAGAACGUUAAUGCAAUGGCAACUGUUUUCAUCUUGGCUUUUGAGAAAAUUCCUUCUCAAUCAGAUACCGUUGAAUCACACCCUCAAGUCUCGUUAGAAAAUAAACUCAUUCAACCAAUUUUUCAAGCCGUAAGGAAUUACCCAUCAUCAGGAGAAUCUAAUCCAAUAAUUGGUAUAGUAAAUAUCUACAGUAAUUACCUCAUUAGCCGCAUGCCUUUUAUUGAUUCUAUGAAAUUGCUUAAACUUGUUAUGGAACGUCUGUGGUGCUAUAUGAAAAAGGCUAAAACACAAUCUGUCGCAAUCAAUUGCCUGAAAUCUUUAGAAAGGUGUAUAUCAUCACAGUACAUUGAAAGUGCAUUAUCCAAUUGCUUUGUUAAAGAAAAAGAUGUUACGAAACGUUUGGCUGUUUUGGAUCUGCUGUGGACUAGACUUGGUUCAGAUACAUCCAUUUUGAACCAUCCACUACAAUUGAUCAUGGAUGAACUUUUUGAUAAUCAAAAUCCUUACUACCUUAGUGUCUCGAAAUGGAUAUCACUAAUUCUAUCUUCUGGAUCCUCGAAUCGUUUCUACAAGAUCAUGGUAGAAAACAUAUUAAACUUCCAAUUUUUUGAAAGAGGUAAUCUUAUAGAAUUAGAUGACUUGGAUGCAUUCACAUACUAUGUGCAAAGCCUAACAAAUGUUUUAAAAACAAACAGUGAUGAAAUUUUGAAGAAUUUUGGCUUAGAAUUGACUAAAUCAGUUUCGAUCGAUAGGUGGCCAAAUGAAGAUACUUCUACCUAUAAAACAUUAAUGAUAGUGGCAACCUUGAAAUUUUUGGAUAUAAAACAAAAUAACCAUGUCAGGAGUAUUCGAAGCUCAUUAAUCUUGCUUGAUUGUCUAUUAGAUGGAUCUGAAAGCAAUUUUAAGGAUAUCGUUAUUUUUCUAUUGCAUAUGUCCUCUAAUUAUAUUAAUGGUGGAGAGUUAGAGUCUGAAUUGAUUGCUGUUUCAUUGUUGGAUAUUGUGUCUAAGGUGCUCCGACUAUCACAUGCGAAUACCAUCAAGUUGAAUAUAUUUGAUGACAACGCCACUCAUUUGAAGUAUAUUGAUUAUUUAGUUACAAGCGUAACUACAAUGGAGGCACCUCUAGUUGUCGCCUCGUAUGUGAAUCUACUGUCUGAAAGUACCUUUUAUUUUGAGCAGUCCAUAUUCACUAUGAUAUUGCCUUUGACGUCGUCAUUAGUCCAAAGUAUCCAGCGUCUUUUUACCUUAUUUAAGCAGACUGGUAGCCAUUUCGAAUCUAUUUCUUUAUUCAUGCGCGGCAUACAGGAUCUUCUUCAAAUAUCUCAUGGAUAUUUGACUGCAGCUGAACGAGAUGGAACACUCACUGGUGCAGGUUCGAAAGGUGAUUUUUUCCAAUCAGUUGUUUCAAAUGUUUUUUAUUCAGAGUCAUCUACGAUGGAUUCGAAACUUCAAGGUGAAAGAGAUGUUAUUCUCCAAUGCUUCAAACAAGUAAUUAAGUGUUGUCUUGAUAUAUGGUGUUGGUCGCAUGAACAUGCCGAAACUUCUACUGAGGGAAAUGCUCAGGAAGUUUCUAACUACAAUGCUUAUAAAUUUAAAUUCAAAUCUAAGGAAUUGUUGGAGAAACUAUUUUUUUUAGAACCUUCUGAGGUUCUAGAGACUAUGAUAAGUUUACGUGAUGAUGAAAGUACAGUCACCCUAAUCCAUGUCCUAGAUGGGAAUAAACCAGCUGUGAGUAUUCCAUAUAUCUUCUCCAGUGUAAUUUCCAGGUACAAUCGGAGUUUUUCAGCGAAGUUUUCUGUUUCUCCAGUUGCAAAAAUAGGUACAUCUAAAAUUAAUGGGGUUGAAACUUCAUUAUAUAAAAAAUUAUCUGGGGUUAAAAUAAUGCACUUCCUUCUUCGAUACGUUGUAUCUUUAGAAAAUUCCUCUAUUGAAGAAUUUUACGGCGACUUCAUCAUAUUCUUCAAAGAAGUUUCUACUAAUUAUUCGUUUUACAAUGAAAUAUCACUUUUAGUGUUGAAAUUUGUGAGUAUUAUAGCCGAGAAAAUAGCAAGGUCUCAAUUCGGUGAACAGAAACGUAUAAGAAGAGACAUAGCUGAUACUUUUAUGAAGUACAUUUCUAAUGCACUUUCUGAUUCAACUUCAGGAUCCACUGUUGAACCUCAAACCUAUGCUGACGUUAACUUUUUAAUUCCAAGAAUUUCAAGUAUAGUCAAUGAAAAUGUUAGUGGUGACAAAUUUGGGAUAACUAUAACUACUAUUGUAACUAAGUAUAUUUCUCCAGCUCUGAAAAAUAAAGGUGAUACCACCUUUUCUAGUGAUAUUACAGAUCUUAUAUUGACGAUUACCAAAUAUGGAAGUAAAGUUAAAUUAUGGAGGAAUUUACUAAACGACUUUUUUCAAGAUGAUAAAAAGUUACAUGUAAUUGGGACGAAUCCUAUCUGGAGAGAAAUUAUACUUGAAUGGACUUUGUAUGCUGACAUUAAGGCAAGGUUAAUGAGUGAUUUAUUACUUGUUACUGAGUCCAAAAAGGUUGGUUUAACGCCAACAAUUAUUGCGUUUAAUUCAUGGAAUGAUGCAGAGAUUGAUAAUAAAUGUCAUAAUUUCUUAAGAAUUUCUUAUAUAUUGUUAAUUGCGCCUAAGGACACCUACUUAUUACAUUUCCAAGCGUUAAUAUCCUGUGUCUCCCAAUAUCUAAUAUCCAAGGAAUCUAAAAUUCAAUCGAAAUGCUGGAUUUUACUUCGAGCAAUGUUUUUAAGAUUUUCUGAGUCCCACUUCAAUGAUUUUUGGUCUAUGAUUACUUAUUGUCUCCAAACUAAUUUACAAGAAUUUUAUGAAUCAUUACAGAUACAGGCCGAAAUCGAUUCUGAUAUUGUAUUACAGAUUUGUAAAACUUUAGACUUGUUAUUGUCACUAAAUCUUGAAGGAUUUAGUGCUACGAAUGAAUGGUUGUUUGUUAUUGAUACGAUUAAUUGUAUCUAUAAAACAAAUCCAUAUAUAGCAUUGGCGGAUGAAAUAUUUGAGACCAAAGAGUUUGAAAGUAAUAAGCUCAAUACAUUAAACCUUGCUAACCAAGCUGAUACUGUGUUACCGCUAUUAACUGGUAUACAUAGUAUUGAAAAAUACACUCAAUUGAAGAACUUCUUCCAAAAUUUAAGCUACUCACAUUACGAGACCACUUACAGUUUGAAAGCUACUGAUUAUCAAGCUUGUGAAAACGAUCUGAUGCUUGAUAUUUUCACUUGA